UGCUGCCUCCGCAGCAUCCCUCUAGCUCUCCUUCCUUCUAGCUCUCCCUGUGCUGUCUGCGCCUUAGACAGGGUGCGCAAAGCCGAAGGAUUGGUUGGGACCUGCCUUGGUAACCCCAUGGCGUCCCCCAGAACCGUAACUGUCGUGGCCCUCUCAGUGGCCCUGGGACUCUUCUUUGUUUUCAUGGGAACUAUCAAGUUGACCCCCAGGCUCAGCAAAGAUGCCUACAGUGAGAUGAAACGUGCUUACAAGAGCUAUGUCCGAGCCCUCCCUCUGCUGAAGAAAAUGGGGAUCAAUUCCAUUCUCCUCCGCAAAAGCAUUGGUGCUCUUGAGGUGGCCUGUGGCAUUGUCAUGACCCUUGUGCCUGGGCGUCCCAAAGAUGUGGCCAACUUCUUCCUACUCUUGCUCGUGUUGGCUGUGCUCUUCUUCCAUCAGCUAGUUGGUGAUCCUCUCAAACGCUACGCCCAUGCUCUGGUGUUUGGAAUCCUGCUCACCUGCCGCCUGUUGAUUGCUCGCAAGCCAGAAGACCGGUCUUCUGAGAAGAAGCCCUCACCACCACCAGGGCAAGCAGGGAAUUCCGGGAAUGCAGAGGAGCAGUCCUCCUUAUAUGAGAAGGCCCCUCAGGGCAAAAUGAAGUUAUCAUAGGAAAGCAAAAGUGCAAAAAGUGGACCUUCCAGGCAGUUGCCUCCAUCACACCCAGGAAGAUGUCAGUGUGUGUUUUUCAUUUGAUUUAUUUAUCUUGAGGGAAAGGAAAAAAUAUAAUCUGCAAGUUAAUGGCCCUAUUGGCUUGUGUACACCUAUACCCUAAAAUGACCUCCCCACAUAGACAUAGUGCACCACCUUUAAUCACUCCGGGGAAAUUCUCACAUCUUGCUGCAUGCACAUGUAUAUGGCUAACUAUUGAAGUGUAUUUGUGAGAUGGACUCCAGCAAGCAUGUGACUGUAAGACUAUAUGUGGGAAAAUGUAUUUACUGUGUGUGUGUGUGUGUGUGUGUGUGUGUGUGCGUGCGCGUGCAUGCAGGUGCGAGGAGAAGGCUCUGAUCUUAAACUAAUCCUGCACAGGUAUCCUUCCCUUUAUAGACUGAUUCUAGUAAGGGCAGAAUAAAAUAAACCUCCUAUAAAGAGAAUCCUACUUACUUCUGGUAUAAAUCAAGUGAUAUGUUUCUGUGGCAUGAGGGAAUUUCUCUCAAUAGAUUAAGCUGAGAACCAAUUUAUCACUUUAGGAAAAAGUUCUUUCAAUUUGAGACACUGAGUUAUACUGAUCAGCCUCCACUGUAACAGUUGUUGAAAUUUUAAAUACUCUAUAUUCAGUUUAAUUAAAAGAAGGGAUAUAUGCAGUCCAUACAUAAUCUAAUUCUUCAAGUUAUAAAAUUGGAAGUUUCACCUUUCCUUUGCCCCAAUCCAACCUACUAAGCUCCUUUACUCACAGUUUGAAACUGACACAGUAACUUGUCACCAGACCUCUUUUUUGGAUUUUCUUAAGCCAAAAGCUGUCUCACUUCCUACUAUUCUCAGCAGCUAACCAGGAUUUGGCAGCUGCUCCACUGUUGCAGUUGAGGGAGCAGGGAUUAGUCCUGUUAGAAUUCUGUGAAUCUCAAACUCUAGCUGUUCUCUUAGAUCAUCUGAAACUUGACAGAGGAGCUGUAACCAGUGUUUCCCUGCCAGACUCACUACUCCUAUUGAAUCUUCACUGAACUUUGCAAGUGUAAGCAGAUAUCCAAGUUACUCCCAUGGUUGUCUCCUCUACACCUCUUUAUCAAUUCUGGUGGGUGGAAUUUAUCUGGGGGAAGGACAUUUGAUAUGGGUUAGUUGGAUUGAGCAGUAUGAAACAUUGCUUUCUUCAUUCCAUACUGCUGUUUCUCCUUGUUAGAUGUACUUUGAUGGUUUUAAUAUUAUUGUGCCAGGGAUGGGGAGAGGGGUGGGGGUGUUGUGUGUGUGGGGAGUACAAAUUAUUGUAUUUUCUUCAGUGUCAUUGUUCUUGUUAAUUGAUACCUCUGUCUUAUUUCUCUCAUUCUUUCAAAAUAAAAAUUUUUGAAAUUUG